GACUGGUCACUUCAUUCAGAUCCGAGGCUCAGGACAAUGAUAAUAUCGAUCGUCGUCGGCCUGACGGCGCUGUCCGUCGUCACUUCGUCUGGGCUGUCCGCCAAGGACAAGCGAGGGCUGUUUGACCUGGGCUAUGGUUAUGGCAUCAGUGGCUUCGGCGAGUUCGGUGCCCUGGCAACCGGAGGUUUCAGUCACGGCUUGCUGCCAGCCGGUGUGCCGUACGGCUAUGGGCAAGGUUUGGGGCUGCUGUUGGAGCCGCUCGCGCACACCAAGCACAUCGCCUACCCUGUCAAGGUCCCGGUGGAGAAGGUCGUUCACGUUCCUGUUGAGAAACCUGUACCUUAUCCUGUCAGUGUCCCAGUUGACAGGCCCGUCCCUGUGGCUGUGCCUGUCGAAAAGCCCGUACCUUACCCUGUCGUUAAAAAUGUGCCAGUCCCGGUCAAGGUCCCUGUGGAUAGACCAUAUCCUGUUGUUGUCCAUGUAGAGAAGCCCGUCGCAGUCCCACACGAAGUCAGAGUUCCAGUCCCGCAACCGUACCCAGUUGUUGUUCGUAAACCAUACCCAGUUGUUGUCGAGAAGACUGUGCAAGUCCCGCAACCUUAUCCGGUCCACGUGAAGGUCCCAGUACCGCAGCCAUACCCCGUUCACGUCAAGGUUCCAGUCGCUGUCCCUGUUGACCGCCCAUACCCGGUUGAAGUAAAGGUCCCAGUUGACCGCCCCUACCCAGUCCACGUACCCAAACCGUACCCGGUGACAGUAGAGAAACCUGUCCCUUACCCGGUAGCUAAGCCUGUCCCUUACCCCGUUAAUGUCCCCGUGGACCGUCCCUAUCCUGUCCCUGUGCCCAAACCAUAUCCCGUGACCGUUUACAAGGAAGUCCCCGUCGCAGUUCCAAGACCAGUUCCAUAUCCUGUAGAGAAACCAGUAGCAGUUCCGGUGAAGGUGCCAGUUGACAGACCCUACCCUGUAGCAGUGCCAAAGCCAUACCCAGUAGCAGUAGACAGACCUGUCCCUUAUGAAGUUGAGAGACCAGUACCAUACCCUGUCAAAAUCCCUGUUGAGAGACCGAUCCCUGUCCCUGUUGAAAAACCAGUCCCAUACCCUGUCAAAAUCCCUGUUGAGAGACCCGUCCCUAUCGCUAUCGAGAGACCAGUCCCAUACCCUGUCAAAAUCGCUGUUGAGAGACCCGUCCCUUACGCAAUCGAAAAGUUACCGAUUGCCUACCCAGUGAAGGGCGGAUAUGGCGAAUAUUACUGAUCGGACUGUACGCUUCUUCAGGUUAACGUAUGAAAUAAGAAACUGUCCCUACAGUUUAAUAUUUGACUGAUUCUCUGUACCUUCAGCAACAUGUAACGCGGUGUGAUCUAUUCUAUUUUAUGUGAAUAUGGCUUUACCGUGAUAGUAAGACAGUCAUGACUGAGACUGAAAGAGGCAGAGUAAAUCAGUGUCAGGAUACAAAAUCGGACGUUCAGGUCACUUCCUGUGUAGUCGAAGCACAGAAACAACGACAUAUGUAACACUACUUGUUUCUCAUUGUAAAACAUUUCUUGUGGACGUUGCGUUUCUUUUGUUGUUUUUAGAUGACUCAAGAGAUUAGCAAUUCCUCAUACAAAUCAUCUCGCUGUUAUUCCUCGCCGCAACACAUCCUCGAGUGUAAUAUUCUGCGACUUGUAGCGUCCAUGAAGGAUUUUGCGUAACAAUGAAGUCUUUUGUAAGUGUGAUUGAAACUUGGUGUGUUUCAUUCUGUACAAACUAACAUUUUUAUAUAAGCUUUAAGUACAGUGGAAGUUGU